UUUCUUAUUUGCCACUGGGCAAUGACAAGGAGGAGAGACAGAUAACACUACACAUCAACUUGACAAAUGCACAAAAGAACCUUGAAAAAUAAGGAAAAUAACAGUAUCUCUCUCUCUCUCUCGCUAUUCAGUUUGGCUUUUACUGUAUCUCUCUUCCUUCAGUUUUCUUUUGCCUCUCUCUUUCAUUCGAGAGCCUAAAACGCUCUCUCUCCUUCCUCAGUCCUUGUAAGUGUUUUUGUAUUACAGGUGUCUGUCAGGAUAGAGGAAAAUGGGCGGGACUGGUGAUGAUAAAAUUCCAAUACAUACCGAAACUGAAGGUUCCGAGACUACAAUAGAAAUAAAAAUAAAAACAUUGGCCGAGACUUAUACUAUGAGAGUGGAUAAACAGAUGCCAGUGCCUGCACUAAAAGAACAGAUUGCUUCUGUAACUGGUGUGUUAUCAGAGCAACAGCGAUUAAUCUGUCGGGGAAAAGUUCUAAAAGAUGACCAACUGCUUUCUGCGUACCAUGUCGAGGAUGGUCACACCUUGCACAUGGUGGUCAGGCAGCCAGUUCCACCAUCUGACGGCUCACUUAAUCAUUCAGAUGAUCCGGGAUCAGGUACAAGCCGCAAUCAUGGUAAUCAUGUCCCAAAUUUUGUGAUAGAAACUUCUAAUAUGCCUGAACAAGGAGAUGGAGUUCCUCCUGAAAUUGGUCGGAUUGUCUCUGCUGUUCUGGGCAUGUUCGGAUUUGCAAAUAUGGCAAGCGAUGUCUGGGAACAGGGUUCACAAAGGCAUGAAAGAACAUCUGGUAGUGGCAUACCAGAAUCAUCACUGGGUCAAACUGAACAAACUAGCAUGAGGAAUCAAUCCGAUAGAGAACACACUGCUUUUGGCCUUCCAGCAGCAGUUUCCUUGGGGCCUAUGCAACCUCCUGUAAUUCCUGAUUCUUUGGCUACUUUGUCUCAAUAUCUUAGCCAUAUGAAGCAUGAAUUUGAUGGCAUUGCGAGAAGGAGUGGAGAUAGAGAUUCUAUUCCUGCAUCAAAUUCAGGAACUAUACGGGAAGGUCUUCCAACACCUGCAUCUUUGGCUGAAGUGUUACAAUCUACCAGGCAAAUGCUCAUUGAUCAAGCUGGAGAAUGUCUACAACAACUUGCAAGGCAACUAGAGGAUCAAAUGAAUGUGACCGACACCUCAGCACGAAUGAUCGCUCAGUCGAAUGCAUGGAGAAUUGGAGUUCUGCUACAUAACCUAGGCUCACUUUUACUUGAGCUUGGUCGUACAACCAUGACGCUACGCUUAGGUCAAACACCUUCUGAAGCUGUUGUUAAUGCUGGACCUGCAGUUUUCAUAUCCCCUUCUGGUCCAAACCCUCUCAUGGUUCAGGCUCUGCCUUUUCAACCAGGAACUAGCUUAGGCACCAUUCCCAUGGGAACUGUACAGCCUGGAUCUGGUUUGGUUAAUGGACUUGGGGCAGCACUUUAUCCUAGACGUAUUGGUAUACAAAUACGAAGAGGUUCAACGACAGCAACACCCAAUAUAAUUCGACAUGAACAAAAUGAUACCACCACACAACAAUCAGACCAAAGGAACCCGUCGGUGGGUUCUGGUAAUGAGAACCAUAGCACUCAAACAACUUCAAGGGUUUCAGAUGCUCCAUCUUUUGCUGGAGAAUCAGGAGUUAGGGUAGUGCCUAUUAGGACUAUGGUUGCAGCUGUACCUGCUCCUUUGGGUCAUGUACCUUCAGAUUCUUCCGGUAAUACCAUGGGAUUUUAUUACCCAUUGGUUGGAAGGUUCCAGCACAUCACUCCUGGACAUUUGAAUGGUGAACGAGGAUCUCAACCAUCUGCUGAACAUCUGUCCACUGGUGGUCAAUCUGAGCAACCCCCUGUUCCUGAAUCUGCAGCGCAACACCAAAGUUUGGACGAGUCUACAAGAGAUGGUUCAUUACCAAAUGCUAAUUCAAGACAACAGGAGCGAUCAAAUACACGCAGUGUCGAUAUCAGCGAUUCAUCAGUUGGAAGGACUCAAAACAACCAAGACUCCGAGAGGCAAAUCCCCAGUAGCAUUCUUCAGUUUCUAAGGGCAUUUUUCCCAAGUGGUGAAUUCCGUGUAGAAGAAUCCAGUUUACAAGGAACAGCUGCUGGUUCUGUACCGGUGCAAGCAGGAACAUCCAGAAGUGGUCCAGCAGCUGAGCCAAGUAUUACUGAUGAAGGGUUGUUUUUAUCUAAUUUGCUUCAUCAGAUCAUGCCAUACAUAUCUCAGCAUGCAGGAUCACAACAAAGUCCUGUGCCUACUACAGGAGGAAAUACUUCUUCCCAGGUUGAGAACUCUAGGACUAGACCUAGCGACUCUGAACCAAACCCAUUGAACUCAAAACGUCAGAAGACUGAGUAACAUAUCAAAGGGUGCAGUUUAAUGAAUUUUCUCAUGGUUGUGGAGUUCGUGAUUGCCAAUUUGAGUGCUUGUGGACAGCGGCAUGACUUUUAUGUUGAAUGUGGUAUAUCCUUCCUUUUUUUGGUUCUUUUACUGCAAAUGAGAAGUGACAUUUUCAUAAUUGCCAUAGGGAAUUUGAAUUGGAUUUUACCUUCUAAAGCUUCAUUUAAGCAUCAAUGGCUUUCGAGUUCCGAUUCCAUACUCUUAUUUUUGUACAUCCGAAAUUUCAUUCUAGUAGUAUAUCUUUAUUUCAGUUUCA